AAUGGGUAUUCUCAUAUAAUGCGUUCGCCCGCAUUUACGUUCGGACAUCGAACGCCUCUCAUUGUCAAGCCAGCUGUAAAACCUACGGCGCCUGUAUUUAAUACAUGUGGAAUGGGAAAUAAAGGUUCGUAUAGAAUAAAACAUGGACUAGUUACACCACAAAUAAAGACUCCAGAAGGGAAUACUGCAACGCCAGGGCCGGCGGCAUAUAAAGUUCCUAGUACAUCAAUACAGCGGAGACGACCACCCGCGUUUACUAUGAGGCCCGCAGCGAGACCGGCCUACGAACCAUGGGACCAAUGGACACCAUCUCCUAAUAUGUAUUUGCCACACAUACCGGGAAAGAAACGUCCACCAGCAUAUACCUUUGGUAACACAAUACAAAGCUUAGGUGGUAAAUACGAGCAACCCAGCCCCGGGUCGCACGAUCCAAACUUUAAUUACGUUAAACGAACAAAGCCUGCGUUUUCUUUCGGUGCACCAUUCAAGUCCUUGAGGGAACCUCUAAAGCCGGCUCCUAACGCUCACUGUGAGAAAAAGUUUAUGUACACAAAGCCAACGAUACCCGCACCCUCGUUUGGCAUACGUCACACUCCCUACCUCGGUCGUCAGGAGGAAUAUCUCAAGCCGCCUGAGCUUAAAGUUGUCAUUAGCGGCGAGAACUGAUAUUCGCUUACUGUAUGUCCAUUUUUAUGUUAAUUAUUAUCAUUGUUGUGAAGUUUAUAGUACAUAUUUUAUUUUACUUUAAAUAUUUUCCUUUUAUUACGAA